UCCAUAUCUUGUUUGUUGUUGCGUUACGAUCAAUGUAAAUCAAGAUGGCUAACCUGAAAGCCGUUGUGGGAUUUUGCGUUUGUAUAUUUGUUUUGCUAGCAAUAUUAGAGAUUCAGCUGGCAGAAAGUGGAAGAGGAUUUCGUGGAGGCAGAUAUCGUGCGAGCAGAUAUCGUGCAAGCAGAAGUUACCGAAGCCCAAGUCGAGUUAGAAAUUCAGUUCGAGUUAGAAAUAGAGUUCGAGUUCGGAGUGGAUCUAGUCCUUUCUCUCGUACCACAUUUAAAGCUGCUUUGAUUGGUGGAAGUAUUUAUGGAGCUUCACGAUAUAUGAGGACUAGUCGAUAUCGAAGAGAUCCUUAUGCUAUGCCAACUGUUUGUACGAAUAACUAUGAUAGUGAUGGAAAUGGAACAGUUUACGGAUAUUUUAUUUGUCCACGGAAUGGUGAACCGGAAAGUUACACCUAUUGUUGUGGAAAUUCGUUGAGAGAAAGAUGUUGUGCUUAUUUUUCUGAACAUGGUGAUGAUAAAGGAAGAACGGCUGGUAUUGUUGUUGGUGUGAUUAUAUUGAUUAUAGUUAUUUCUAUAAUAGUUUAUUGUGUGUGUAAACGAUCUGGGACAAGUGGCAAGAUUGUUCGCAAGUUUUCCUCCAAAAAUUCAAAUAAAGAGCAAUAUGCUGCUGUUCACAAAGAUCCAGGUCCUGUGGACAUGGUGCAUGUACCCACACAGCCUGGACAACAAUACCCUGACAACUAUGGACCAGCUCCACCCUACAGCCAACAACCUGGUAAAGCUGAAGAUCCGACUGUUCCUGAAGAUAUGGGAUCUCCAGCUCCGUCGUAUCCUGCACCGUAUGACCAACCUGGAUACCCAACAUCAGAGAAAGGUCCAUUACCAGAUGGAGAUGUAAAUCAGGGUGGACAACCAUAUCCACCACAGCCAGGCAUGAACCCAUAUCCCCCACAAGGAAACAUGCCGUAUCCUCCUCAAGGAAACAUGCCGUAUCCUCCACAAGGAAACAUGCCGUAUCCUACACAAGGAAACAUGCCAUAUCCACCACAAGGAAACAUGCCAUAUCCUCCCCCAGGACAAGGUGGACCUCCUCCUCCACAAGGCUAUGGUGGUGCAGCCUACCCACCUGUAGAUCCACCACCAUACCCUGCUAUGUAAUUUAACCAGAUACUUACUAUAUCAAUUUAUAUUUUGCUUAAGGUCACCAAUUAUAACUACAUCUGUUACAGUUGGUGUUACGUCACUAGAAACAAUAUGGAUACUAUUGUUUAUGCAUGCUUAUAACUCUUCAAACACAGAAUUAUAUUUUGAAUUUCAACUUCAGUAUCUGAUAUGAAAUAAGGCAGAGCAUGUGUUUGGAUGAGAUACCAUUUGCAAUCUGUAACCAUCUAUUGUAUCAUUUGGGGUUAAUGCACAUCCAGAUAUUCCAACAUUUUGCUACCAAGUCAAAGUGUUAUAAAUAUUUAAUCAUAGCAUUCUCCUCUCAGGAUCGUUUAAAAUAUUACUAAGCCUCGUUGAAAUUGCAUACAUUUUUUUUUUAUAUCAUUUUAAAUAUUAGCACUUUAGAUCUCCAUGCACCAUAAUAUCCUGCCAUUUAUUUUGAGUUAAUUACAGAUUCAGCACCACUCAAAUACUGUUCUAAUUGUAUUCUUGUAAAUCUCAUAUGAGAGAUGCACUUUAAUCCUGCAAUUCUGAAUGCAACAAAAUCUGAUCAUGAAGAUAACACCUGAGAAUAAUGUUUUUACUUGAUAAUAAUGUUUUUACUUGAAAAUGAUGUUUUUACUUGAGAAUGAUGUUUUACGAUCACUCACUUGCACCUCAGAUAAAUUCUCUCAAACUGAAAACAGUGGUGAACUUUGUUUCAUCACAGUAUAUACCUAAACCAAUAUUUAUAUAUAGCUUUGAAGAUAAAAUACACACCACAGUGAGCCUUUAGAACCGAGAAUAGUAUUUGUAUUAAUAAAACUUUGUAAAAACAAAUUGUUCUUGAAUUGUAUAUAUAAGAAAUUUAUCUUUUUUCUUAAACUGAACUAUGCUAUGAAGAAAUCGUAAAAUAUAAUCUGUAUUCAAAUAAAACACUAUUUGUGGAUAACAAUUAUAUGGUUUAUUUCACUGAUGUUUCAACAAGGUUUCACAAGUAGUUAUCAAGCAUAUAUCGACACAAAUAAAUAAAAUGAAAUGAUUUGUGUUGAUAUGCUUGAUAACAACCUGUAAAAUCUUGUUGAAACCUGGCGGUGAAAUAAACCAUAGUAAUUGUUAUCAAUAAAUAAAUAGUGUAUUAUUUGAUUAUGUUUCAAUUACUAAAUGCCAUUCAAAGAAUAUACCCUGUACUGUUUUUAGUACAAUACCUGAUUUUCAGCUUUUUUAAGAAAUUGUAUAUACAUGUAUUAAGUUUGUUUAAUGGAAUUGUUGUUUAGGCCUAAUGUUGUUAUGGAAUUGUUAGAGAAGUUAAUUUAUAUUUUGUAAAUAUUGUGCAAUUUUAAUGUUUUUUAUAGCCCAUCAAGCCAAAGGGCUAACAUCACCACUUCUGUCUGUUUUCUAAAAAGAAAUAAAUGGUAUGAACUUUGUUCACUGGUAGUUUGUGUAUUUUCAACGUAACUCCUAAAUUUGCACUGUGCAUUAGCUUAAGAAGGCAUAUUUUGACUUUUUAUGACUUUUGUUCAGACUGUGAUAUGCCUUUCAAGGUGUUUUUGGAAAUGUUUGAUUGUCUCUUAUUUAAUAAAAUAAAUAACAGUAUAAACAGGUCUAAUGUUACAGGUAAUCAUAUUCUUAUUACAGAUAGAGGUAAUUGAAAUCUUCAGGGUACACAUUGGUUAAACCAUGGACCUUAUAAUACCUUAUUACGUGUAGGUCUUUUGUCUUUAACUUAGUCAAUAUUUUAACCUUUACUGUUAAGAUUUGUUAUUGGUGUACACAAUGUAUAUUUUUAUUCCAUGUUUUAGUAUGUAUAUAUUUUGAUAUGCAACAUUUUGUUUGUUUUAUAAAUAUUUUAAGUAUAUAUUUAUGAUUCUUUAUCUUCAAUUCUGGAGAAAUGUGAAAUUGUUCCACAGUACGUUGUUUUUGUACUCCAGCUUCUUUAUGUGGUCGUAUGUUGUAGUCACUCAUUCCUCCAUGUUCACUUGUGAACAAUGUAAGAGACAAAGUUUAUAAACAGAUCUUAAAGAUGCAUUAUGUCUGCCUAAUGGAGAUCUUUUGUUUGGCCUCAAAUGGUAUAUAAAUCAUUAAUUAGAUAUUUAUUUACAUGCAAUGUCCAUAAUCAACUCUAGAAUUUUGUAGGGUUUGGACUUUUAACUGAUUAAGAUAUGAUUGGCAGUUAAUAUGAUUUAAUUUAAAAAAUAGAUAAUCCACACUUUGAAUGAAGUACUUUGACAUUUUCAACAUAUUCACUUUUCAUUAUCUAUUUUUUUAACUACUAUAGCCAGAACUGUCAGCGCUUUAUCUAAAUCUUACACAAGAUAUGUUGACGGUGAUGACUAUUGAAUUCAAUAAUUUCGUGCAAUUAGUUCCAGAAUUAUACCCAGUCUUCGUUAGCUCAGUCGGUACAGAACAGUAGGACGUUAAACCCCAUUUGAUUUCAUUUCAAGAGUUAUUACCCGGAUUCUUGUGGAUUCUCAACAAAGAAGUUAGUUAUUGUUUGCGCUUUGUUUAUAAAAACCGUAAUAUCUUAAAAUCCAUUGUAACUGUAUGUUACAACUUAUAAUUAGUUAACAUUGGUUAAAAUAGUGAGAAAAGAAACAAAUGAAAAUAAAUUGGACUUGGCUUACUAAUAAAGAUAAAGCAAAGCCAACAAAGCUGAUGGUGGGCAUUGAUCUAUUUGUCGUUGACUAGCCUUUCAUUGUAGUGCCCCGGUUCUAUAUUAUAUUGUCUGACAGUUGUGUUUUGUCUUUAUAUUACUAAUGUUAAAAAUAAUUACCUAACCAGUUAUGCAUAACAACUUACUGGUAUGUGGAUGAUUUUAGUAUCAAUUGAGAAAGGUCAUUGGCAAGAAUCUAGAACUCCGAGAAAUGAUUUUUUCCCCCCUUACCUUGGGAGUUUUAAUUGGGCUUCUACUAUAUUUUAUACAAAUCAAAUGUUGGACCUCUUUAAGUCUUGCUCAAAUAUAACAAUGGUAAUCUAUAAUUAAUGAUACUUCAGUGACUUUAUUUAUAUAUUCGUUGUCAUUGAUGUUUUAUUAAAUCCAAUAUUAUAAUAAUGAUAAUAAAGCUAAAAUCUAUAGUUUGUUACUCUGUAUGUUCUUUAUCAUUUAUGAUUUAUUAAAUCUAUAAAUAUAAUAGUGAUAAUAAAGCUAAAAUCUAUACUAUGUUAUUCUUUGUGGUCUUUAUCAUCGAUGUUUUAUCAAAUCUAUAAAUAUAAUAGUGAUAAUAAAACUAUCUAUACUUUGUUA